AGCCCUAUGAGUGUUUGAUAACGGACGAAAGAAGCAAAAAGAACCCUUGUUAAAGCCGAUACUGAUCCACACUUCGACGGAUUUAUUACCUCCGCCAAGGACGAACACCGAUUGAGGUGCAAGGAUAGACACGGUACUCCGUAGGUACUGGUUUCAACAACGGGAGAUCUACCCCACUAGCUAACAUCGAUCAUAUAGAUACAUAGGUAGAUGUAAGACGGUGAGAUUUACAGAGGGCAAUAAUUAUAAAGGUUCUGCCCAUACUGGGCUCAAAUAUACUAUCACUACACAGCAAUGAUUUGCACUUGUUAGCACUGACAUAUCAUGGCCCAGUGGCAGCUUGAGUAACACGCAACAUAAUAAUAAUUAUUUCCUUUCUUAGCACCUGCAUCUCAGAUUACACCUACACAACCAUAAUCAUGGCUCGUUCGACAAUAUCCUCCUCCUCUGAGACGGUCAAUGACAGAAACCUCCAACCAACCACUUCAACAGACCCAGAAAAGUCAGGUCCUCAACCUACGGCCAAAACAGAAGCCAACAUACAUCCAGAACCUGCCAACGCCGUCGUGGCAGAUCUCGAGCGUGGUGACAAGGAUGAGAAGAAACAGGAGCAACCACCAGCAGGUCCUCCACCAGGAAUGGCACCAGCUGAUUUCCCAGAUGGUGGUUUCGAGGCUUGGCUUGUUGUCUUUGGUGGAUGGUGUGCUCUGUUCUGCACAUUCGGCCUUGUGAACUGCGUGGGUGUGUUCCAGAAAUACUAUGUUUCUGGACCGCUUAGGGACUAUGAUAGCUCUGCCGUGAGCUGGAUCACCUCUGUUGAGGUGUUCUUCAUGGUCUUCUGUGGUGCCAUUUUUGGCAGUCUGUUCGACAACUACGGCCCCAAGUACCUUCUCUGGUUUGGGUCGAUCGCCUACAUCUUUGGUCUCAUGAUGAUUUCUUUGUCAAAAGAAUACUAUCAGUUCUUCCUCUCACAGUCCAUCGUCGCAGCCAUUGGAUCAAGCGCUGUCUUCAACGCUUGCAUGUCCUCACUCGUCACCUGGUUCUUCAAGCGUAGAGCUGGCGCUUUCGGUAUCAUGGUCUCAGGCUCGUCUCUCGGAGGUGUUGUUCUUCCAAUCAUGAUGGACAAGAUGAUCCAGAGCGUCGGCUUCCCCUGGAUGAUGCGUACCAUGGCUUUCAUGUUCCUCGUUUUGCUUGUCUUCUCUUGCCUCACUGUCAAGUCCCGUCUACCUCCUCGCCCCAAACCCUUUGUUGUCAAGGACUACAUCAACGGUCUCCGUGAACUUCCCAUCCUCAUCACUGUCAUCGGCUUCUUUCUCUUCAUGUGGGGCAUGUUUCUUCCCUUUAACUAUGUCCUCCUCCAGGCUCAGGCUGCGGGCAUGUCCGAGACUUUGAUCCCUUACCUGCUACCUAUCCUCAAUGCUGUGAGUAUCUUUGGUCGUAUUAUUCCUGGCAUUAUCGCCGACAAAAUCGGUCGAUACAACGUCAUGAUCAUCAUCACAUUCAUAUCCGCACUCUUUUGUUUCUGUGUCUGGAUUCCUGUCAAAGAUACCGCCGGCAUUGUUGUAUUUGCUGUCAUUUUUGGGUUCUCAUCGGGUGGCUAUAUCAGUCUCGUCCCGACUCUCAUCGCACAGCUCUCCGAUAUUCGCCAGAUUGGUACUCGUGUUGGCGCUGCGUUUGCGAUUCAGUCUUUUGGUGCUCUGACAGGAAGCCCCAUCGCUGGAGCCAUCGUGUCUGCUCAGAAUGGUGACUAUCUCGGCCUGCAGUUGUUUUGUGGUUGUUCUAUGCUGGCCGGUUGCAUGUUUUUCGUCUUUGCACGUUAUGUGCAAGUCGGAUUGAAGGUGGUCAAGGUCUGAGGUCUGUCCAACACGAAUGGAAGAGCAAAUCACAGGCUAGAAAGUCGACGAGUUGGAAAAAUAGGAUCAAGUGCAAAAGCAAAUGGAAUCCACACGAGACACAGGAUGGAUGAAUACAUUCGGAAAAGGUUAACAUUGAGAACGUGAGAUAAUCCGCAUUUAAUGGAGAAGAUGUCGCUAGCUUAUACUGGCGUGAAUAAUGAGAUGACCGUAAAGUCAAAUUAGGACAGACAAUGCUUGUGGCACACACGAAAGAGGAAUAAACCAGAGUAACUAGACUUGGAUGAGUUAGCAACACAUCCAAAUGAGCUUGCAGUAAACAAAGACAAAAUGAGGGGGUUCUCAGG